AACACAUAUUUGCGUUGUUUACAUUAGCAACAGGGAGAACGCCUACUACAGCAUUACCAAGCAAACCUGAUUCCGGUUAAACGAGUCAUGUCAGGUCCAAAAAGGCAUGGACACGCUAACGAUGAAGAGACAUUUUAUAUGCAUUGUAGAGCGGCUUACUUGAGCCUUUUCAAAUCUAGUUUGACCAAUAUCACCUCCAAACAGCAGCUCUGUCGCGUUCUCCAGCAAGCUGGUAGGAAUCCGUCCCAGGCAACGCUCAACAAAUACUGGACCCCAAGAACUACUAAACUGAACUUUGAUGAUUUCUGUGAGAUACUGAAGAGUGAGGUGCCGACUGAGGAGAGUGAGUUAUUGAGAGCUUUCAAAAAGAUGGACGUAAAUAGAGAUGGCUGUAUCUCACACAAGGAACUGUUCGAUGCACUAACCUCAAGAGGAGAGAAGAUGAAGCCAGAGGAGGUGAAUGUCAUCUUCUCAUUGGCCGAUACCAAUAAGGAUGGGAAAUUAGACUACGCAGAGUUCUGCAGACUGCUGUUGUCCACUGCGGAGCAAUGUCAGAAUGCAGCUCUGGAGAGGGUGGAAGCAGACGCCAAACUGAAGAAGCAGAACUUUGGGAACCAGCCAGACAGUCCUCCACAGAACGCUGGAUCAGUGGCAAACCCACAACCUCCAAUAACACCACCCAGAUCAGAACUAGACGGCACACUCAGGAAAGACAGCCACCCGCCCUCUCGUUCCUCAUCGGCGAGAAGUAGGCGUUCCUCGCUGUCUAACAGCGUCACCAUGGCAGCCAGUGCCAAGUGCACCAGGCCGGUGGAGCCUGCUUCUCUACAGGAGUGGUCCCAUGCCAGCGCCAGAGGCUGCUUGUUCCUGGAGGAGGACGGAGGGGUCAGCUCGCUGCAGUACCGCCUCCACCUCCCCCAGACCACCUGCGUCUACCUCACCAUCCAGCCCCUCAACCUCAGCCAGAGGCCUGACAAGCCCUCGUCCUGGAUGGCGGUGGACACGGCCCUGUUCGUGGUGUCGGGGGGAGACACCAAGGAGGAGUCCAGCCUGGUGGGCUUCACUGAGCAGAGGGACAAAGAGAAGUUUGUCUGGAAGGGGGAGCUGAACGCUGGAACCUACUUCCUGCUUCCCUUCACAACAGGCUGCCGGCUGAGGAAGAGAAGGAGGAAGAGCACGUCUAAACCUGUGCAGCUGGUCAACACGUCCGACUCAGGACAGCUGGACCUCACCCCAGAGUUCAGGGGGGCGCUGUCGGACAUCUUCGAAGUCAUCGACCUGGACGGGAACGGCCUCCUCAGCCUGGAGGAGUACAACUUCUUUGAGAUGCGGACCAGCGGGGAGAAAUGUGACGAGGAGGCCUGGGUCGUGUGCAAGGAGAACUUUGACACCAGGAGGAACCAGCUGACGAGGCAGGGCUUCAUGGAGCUGAACCAGAUGGAGGCCAGCGAGCGUGGAGGAGACCCCACCGACCUGUGGCUCACGCUGGAGGCCAUGGGCUACAACCACGCCCUGGAGAUGGUGGAGGCCUGCCCCUUCCUCCUAGACGCUUACUGUGAGCAGGGCCAGCUCUCUGUGCAGCCGGUCAGCCUGGACGCAGCCCCCAGGAUGCUGAACGCUGGGCUGCACAAGUCCAUCACAGCCCGGGGAGAGGCUAGGGCCCUCAGAGGCGAGGCUGGAGCCCUCAGAGGCGAGGCUGGAGCCCUAAGAGGCCAGGACAGGGGCCCCCGGGGCGAGGACGUCCUCCUUUACACUUACAAAGGAGAGCACAGGAUCUCCUCCCUCAUCGCCAACAAGAGCAGCCACAAGGUGACAGUCCAUGUGAACAACGAGCAGAGCACCAACUGCUCCAGCAGCAGGGGCAUGAGUCUGUUCGCCGUGGAGGUGCCCGCUAAAACCAAGAUGGUGUGCCAACAUGUUCUGCCCACCAACGAGAAGCAGGACUGGACCUACAGCUGUCUGGAGAGCAUCAUACCUUGCUAGCAGGAACAGCACCCCCACAACCCCAAACACUGACCAGGUGGUCCCCCAGGGCGUGGCAGUACACAGGGUUCUGAAGCAGACCCCCCCCCCUGUCAGAGAUGGGCUUCCUCAGCCCUGGUCUGUGUGACGUGCUGAAGAGAGCACAGCGUUCAAAUGGUGUCAGAGAUGGGCUUCCUCAGCCCUGGUCUGUGUGACGUGCUGAAGAGAGCACAGCGUUCAAAUGGUGUCAGAGAUGGACUUCCUCAGCCCUGGUCUGUGUGACGUGCUGAAGAGAGCACAGCGUUCAAAUGGUGUCGUCGGCACAAACAAAACGUUUUUCAAUCAAAGGUUUGAUUCCCCACAGAGCCCCAUUAUACAUGUUUAAUGUUUGGGUUUAUGUAUACAUGUAAUUCCGUGUAUAGCUAUUUGACCAGUCAUGGUUUUUAUCUAUUUUUCAUAUUGGAUAAAAAAUAUCCUUUGCCUAUACUCAAUAAUACAUUUCAUGCUGUGCCUUGUCUUGUAGCAAUUUAACACCAGCAUUUAAAGUUGUUUUAUGACACAUGUAUUCAGAUCCCAAACUGUUUUCACUAAUGAAUUCACUACAAUAAACUUCUAACACUGA